AUGAUCCGUAUAGGUGUUUUCAGAUUUCUUGUUUGGGCUCAUCAUACAUUUACUGUGGGCUCCUUUGAUACACAUGCCUACUUCACUGCAGGACUUCACUAUUUGGUAGGUAAAAUCUUUGGUCAGACAUAUCUUGAAACUUUAGAUUAUCCAUAUGCCUACGCUGGAUGGAAUGCCCUUAGUAGUUUUGGCUCUUAUAUAUCCGUAGCUAGGAUUCGUUGUUUGUUCAUAGUAGUAACAAUCACUUUAAGCAAUGGAAACAACAUAACAAAGGCAAACAUUCCUUGGGCUGUUGAACAAAAUUCAACCACACUAGAAUGGCCGAUACAAAGUCCUCCAGCUUUUCAUACUUAUAGAGAACUUCCAGCUAUGUAA